CAAGAGAGUUAUGCAUCAAUGGGAGCUGCCUCAACGCAAGCGAUUUGACAUUGCCCUUUUCAACCGACAAGCGUUUAACAGGACGUUUAGGCAGUUGAGAACCCGCAUGCCCUUGACCCGACCCCCUCAUGUUAGCAGCAUGUAGCAAGACGCCAUGCCGCCGCGCAUUCAGUAGAGGUCGCACCCCUGCCACCACCACCCUAACAGCCCAGGCCGGCGUCCGGCUUUCCUCUCCGCGGCCGCCGCCCGCUCCUCCGGCAGGGGACCGGCAGGCGCGGCUCUCUUCAUCGAACUCGCGGUGGAAGCAGCGCCAGGGCAGCGAUGUGUUUGCGCGAGAGGCCAAGGUCCAGGGCCUCAAGAGCCGGGCCGCUUUCAAGUUGCUCGAGAUGGACGCCAAGUUCAAGCUUUUCAAGAAGGGUGACGUUGUCGUCGACCUCGGAUACGCCCCGGGCUCCUGGUCCCAGGUAGCGCUCGAGCGCGCCGGACGGCUCGGCCGCGUCGUCGGGAUCGACAUCAUCCCGGCGCAGCCGCCGAAGGGGGUGUCGACGAUCCAGGGCAACUUCCUCUCGCCCGGCGUCCAGGCCAUGGUGAAGCGGUUCCUCACCGACGACCAGCGGCGCCGGGAUCUGGCGCCGGGAUCUGCUGCCCAGGCUGCUGCUGGGAAGGCCAGUAGCGGCCGCGCGCCCGCAAUCGUCGAUGAUGAUGAUGACGGGGAGGCUGGCGGGCUGAGCAGUGACGAGGUGGUCGAUCGGCCGAGCUAUAUCGAUGCGGAGAGGGCGGUUGCCCGGGGGUCGCCGCUUGCUGGGAAGGACCCUGCUGCGGAUGCGGCGGAGGGAAAGCAGGCGAAGCAAGAGAAGUUGGUGGAUGUGGUUCUUAGCGACAUGUCAGCACCCUGGCCCCAAACCUAUGGAUUCUCUGUCAACAGCUUGAGUAACCCGUAUCUCAGGAUGAUGAACACGAGCGGCAAUAACUUCAGGGACCACGUCGGUAGCAUGGACCUCUGCAUGGCUGCCCUAACCUUCGCCAGCGACACCCUCAAACCGGGCGGUCGUUUCGUAUGCAAGUUCUACCAGGGCGCCGACGACAAGGCGUUCGAGGCCAAGUUGAAGAAGAUGUUCAGGAAAGUACAUCGGGAGAAACCCGAAUCCUCGCGCAGCGAAUCGAAGGAGUCGUAUUUCGUCGCGCUGAACAGGAAGCCCAGCGUGACGCUUGGGGAUGCCGAGGGCGCGUAGAACCCUUGAGGCUGUUAGGGGCUGAAUGCUUUCUCGGUGGUGUGGUCGGCGGGUGAGAAGCUGGAACGGCCAUGAGAGCCAGUCAGGACUGGCGAGCCUCUUUUGUACAAUUAGAUGUCACGACGAUAUUCAUCCCGCCUUGCCCUGUUGAGAAAAACUGUGCUUGGGGAGUAAUCAGCAGAGACAGCUCAGAUGUCUUCCUCAUUCUGCGUUGACAGAGCUUGACGGAUACCCUGAAGACUUGGAAACUUUGCUUGUAGCCUGAAGCUGGUGCUCAACACUCCUGCGGGAAGCGACGAAGUGUGUCUGAUCUGGGUGAAAACACGGUAUCGGGAGAAGUCAGGCGAAAAUGUAUUCAUCAAAAUAAACCAUGUUUAC